AUGUCGUACAGAAUCGCAGCCCCCGAUGAGUACUUGGCCAUCACGGGUAUGUCCGUGAAGACGGUCAAGAUCACAAAGGCAACAUGGGUCUGGCCCUUCCAGCGCUGCAUGCGCUUCUCCGUCCAGCCUCACGACUACGCCAUGAGCCUGCAGGCCAUGACCAAGGAGAAGCUGCAAUUCCUGCUACCCGUCGUCUUCACCGUCGGCCCGGACGUCAACUCCCGCGGCGCAAACGCCCAGCACCUCUACCACGGCAGCAACAGCAACAACAACGACAGCUCCGUCCACAGCAACGACCACGACUCCAUCCCCGCCAACACCCGCGAGGACCGCGGCGACGCCCUCAUGAAGUACGCCAUGCUCCUCGCCGAGGCCGCCGACAAGAAGGGCGGCUCCAUGCUGCACCUCGAGAACAUCGUCAAGGGCGUCAUCGAGGGCGAGGUGCGCGUGCUCGUCUCCAGCAUGACCAUGGAGGAGAUCUUCACCGAGCGCGAGGUCUUCAAGCGCCGCAUCUUCAAGAACAUCCAGUCCGAGCUCUCCCAGUUCGGCCUCGUCAUCUACAACGCCAACGUCAAGGAGCUCAAGGACGCGCCCAACAGCAUCUACUUCGAGUCGCUCUCGCGCAAGGCCCACGAGGGCGCGACCAACCAGGCCCGCAUCGACGUCGCCGAGGCGCAGCUGCGCGGAAACGUAGGCGAGGCCCAGCGCAAGGGCGAGCAGGACCGCGAGAUUGCAAAGAUCAACGCCGAGACCGCCGUGCAGAAGACGGAGCGCGACAUUGAGCGCGCCACGGCCGAGGCGAACCUCGACACGCGCCAGGCGUCGCUGACGCGCGAUGUCGACAUUGCCCGCGUGCAGGCGCAGCGCGCGCUCGAGAGCAAGGACGAGGACCUGAAGAAGGAGGUCGAGGUGAAGCGCGCGGCGGCCGAGAUCGAGCGCCUGCGCGCGCGGGACGUCGUCAAGGCGACGAUUGAGCGCGAGGCGCGGCAGCAGCAGACGGAUGCGGAGGCGUACGCCGUCGAGGCGGACGCGCGGGCGCGCGCGGAGAAGAACAAGCGCGAGGCGGAGGCCGGCGCGUACGGGAUCGAGGCGGAUGCUAAGGCGCGGUUCGAGAAGAACAAGCUCGACGCCGAGGCGGCGCAGUACGCGACGCAGCUGGCGGCCGACGCGGACCUCGCGGUGUCGCUCAAGAAGGCCGAGGGUCUGUCCGCGAUGGCGGACGCGUACGGCAAGAUGGCGCAGGCCUUCGGCGGCCCGGCGGGCCUGAUGCAGUACCUGAUGAUUGAGAAGGGCACCUACGUCGAGCUGGCGAAGGCGAACGCCUCGGCCAUUCGCGGUCUGGAGCCCAAGAUCAGCGUGUGGAACACGGGGUCUCAGUCAGGCGAGGGUGGCGGCAACUCUGGGGUCGACACGAUGAGGAAUAUUUACCAGAUGCUGCCGCCUUUGAUGACGACCAUCAACGAGCAGACUGGAAUUACCCUCCCUGAGUGGCAGUUUGGUAAGCUCAACGCUGGCAUGAACGCUAUGCAGGCCGAGCAGCAGGGCAAGAAGGUCAAUGGCGGUCACUGA